AUGGACAAGCAGCAGUUUCCUGCAGCUGGAAUUCUCUUGGCUGCCUUCCUAGUAGUUUCCGCUUCUACCCUGACCCUUCUCUCUACUAAUGAAGACCCUGACCAGUUUCCCUCAGAUCUUGGCACAUCAGCUCAGCAAAGUAACAACGUUCUACUGGGCAUCCUGACAGACAACACUGGCAGUAUCAACUCAAUUGAGAGGGACUCGGAGGCCCUGGGGAGGAGGGCAGGAGCCUUUUCUACAGAAGGAGCUGGGGGUCAGGAGUCUCCCUCAAUGCCUGGCCCCUCAGGCACAGUUACACCUGAACCAAUUCGCUCAGCCCUGACCACAUCUGCAGCCUACAUGGCUGCUGACUCUCAGCCAGUGUCCCCUGAGGCUGAACCUGUAGAGGAAAUCCUGGCCCUUGGAAUUCUGGAAACAAUUACGAUGUCAUCGCCACAGCCUUCUCCCAUACAUGGAUCUGAGCCGAAGUUCAACAAGGCCUUCAGGUUGUAUGGGACAGUUCCUGCCCCUGCAACACUGGAGAAAAUUGUUGCAUCUAAGCCAACACGUUAUCUAAUUAAAGCUUCCCCUCCCCCCAUAUUCUCUAGACCUCCACACCUGUUAUGGCAUACCCCCAGUCCCACUGUCCAGAUGCCAGUGCCUGCAUGGAGGAAUGGCCACUCCAGGCCAGAGGCAUCCUCAUCUGUGGCACUGGCUCCAAGAACAUCCUUAGGACUGCCUGUCUUUCCAUGGAUGCCUAACAUACUGAAAGCUACAGAGCCCCUGUUGCCUGCGUCUCCUGGAAGAUUAGGGCUGGACCUCACCUCCCAAGUGGGCUCCGGGUCAUCUGAAGACACAGGCCCAGUAUCCGGUGGUACUUCUGUGCUGCUGCUGCCCUCAGCAACAUCCCUAUCACACGCAUCCCCCCUCCACUCCCCGCCCCCCUCGUCAGCACUGCCCCUGUCUGCACCCCCGCCGCCUGCAUCUUCGUCCUUCUUCCCACCACCAGUCUCACCCCUGAUCCCGGUUUCCUUUGUCACCGCAGGAGCCAAUGACUCUCCUCAACCUCCUGUAUCUGUGAUUGAAUCCUCAACUACAGACUCUUCCAUUAAAACCUCAAACCUUGCACCCCAAACGGCUCUACAACCCAGCCACCCUGGGCCAUGGCUUCCCACCAGCCCAAUCCGCAUGUCCACCCUCUCCCUCCAACACGUCUCCAGCCCUCCCUCUACCCCACACAGCUCUGGCUUCACAGAGUCGUCUGUGGAUGCCGAGCCUACCCAGGCCUCUACCCUCCCUCAUCUUGGCCAGGCUAUGUCUUUGCAGAACUUGAGUUUCUCCACUCCAGGACCCAGGCAUACGACCCACUCUGUGACCUUCAGGAUCAACAGCAGCUGCUUCAGGACAGCAGUCUGGAACCUGGUACCCUUGGAGUGCUGGCUGUUGAACAGGCUUAUCUGCUACCAGCUCCAGCUCAUGUAUCACGAGGCUUUCUCCAACUUCAAGAAUGUCAGUGCCCUGCUGUUUCGGCCUGGCUCUACAGAGGUGAAAGCCUCCCUCGUUUUUGGUCCUCCGGAUCCCUCAGCUCUAGAGAUCCUCUGGACUUUGUACCGCAAAGUGAAGUCCUCAAGAUGGUCACUUGGGUACCUGUCCUUGGCCGACCAUGGCCUUUCCUCUGACGGGUACAACACGAAUGACCUGAGCCAGGAAAUCAUCAACAUUAGCUUCACACUCAUGAAGCCCUUCCUGCCUCAGCUGCUUCUGCCCAGUUCUCAGCCUUUUCUCCUGAUGGAAAAGCAGACCCUCCAGCUGGUCACCCAUGAGGUAUCAAGAUUCUACAAGGCUGAGCUCCAGGAGCAGCCCCUGCUCCUAUUCAGCAAUGUGAAGGAGUGGGUGAGCAUUUAUGUGGAAUACAAGUUCAAGAGCCCCAUCCCCAACCAUCUCCAAGGCCUGGCUAGUCACCUGGCCCAUCAUAUAACAGAUCCCACCAUCCAGAAAUCCAGCAUAGUGGCCAAUGGGGAGAAAGCAGAUCUGGUGUUUUAUGAGACAUGGCUCUUGAUCUUGGGUUACCCCUUCACCAAAGCCUUGGAGAACAAGACUAGUUCUGAAUCCCAGAAGCUUCGUGGACUGCUGACGAGACAGCUAACCUCAGUCCUCCAGCCUCUGCAGAACUUUGGUCAAGUGGUGGUGGAGGAAUUCCACCAGGAACCACUGACUGCCAGAGUGCAAACUGCCUUCUUUGAGGCUGCACCAGCUCAGGCUGUCAUUCAAGACUCCAUGCUCCAAGCCCUGGGCUCCCUGCAGGAAGCUGAGGGUCUGCAGUUAGAGAUGCUCCUCCCAGUCCUUGGCACCCCCAGCUCCAGAGCCUCGAGAGGCCCCAGGGGUGGGGCCGUGUUGAACCUCCAGUUCAUCACUUCUCUUUUUGUCCUGGUGGCCCUUUGUACUGCUCUUCCCUUCACCAAGAAGCAAACCCCAUACCUCUUCUAG